ACGUUGGGUCUUUAAGACUCACCCUCCACUCUCAGCAGGGUGCCCAUCUUGUCCUCAAUGCUCACGUCUUCCCGUCCCUCGACCUCAACACCGCAGUAGUAGCGGCCACUGUCCUGCAGGGUGGCGCCAUUGAUGCGUAGCGACAGAUCGUGCUCGUGUGGGUCCCCCUCCAGCCGGUACCGUUGGUCUUGCUGUGGCCUGGGCUCGCAGGCGGGGGCCCCCACUUGACUGGUGCAGCCGUAGACGACCUCGCUAUGUCCUUGGCGCCACAGCACCCGCACAGAGGAAUGCUGUGAAUGCGGUGGGUGGCUGAAGGUGCAGGGCAGCACCACAGGGUAGCCCUCCAUAGCCCGCACCUCCGGCUGCACACGCACGAACCAACCGCCAUCUUUGGAGCCUGUAUACAUAUAUAAAUCAAUCACUGCAUCUUUUAUCAAUGUCAUUCCCUUAACAAAGUCAUUAGACGUUUCAUUCAUUCAUUCAUUCAUUUUCUACCACUUUUCCUCACGAGGGUCGCGGGGGUGCUGGAGCCUAUCCCAGCUGUCUUUGGGCGAGAGGCGGGGUACACCCUGGACUGGCGGCCAGCCAAUCACAGGGCACAUAUAGACAAACAACCAUUCACACUCACAUUCAUACCUAUGGACAAUUUGCAGUGGCCAAUUAACCUAGCAUGUUUUUGGAAUGUGGGAGGAAACCGGAGUACCCGGAGAAAACCCACGCAUGCACGGGGAGAACAUGCAAACUCCACACAGAGAUAGCCGAGGGUGGGAAUUGAACCCUAGUCUCUAGUCUAGCUGUGAAUACUUAUUUAGCUUUGGUCAAAAUGUUGGAAGCACACCCUAUUAAUCUCACUAGUACUUUUAAGUGUCAACAACAAAGUGUGUUUAGUUCAGCUCACCCCUGCUAGCAGCAAAUAACAACAGAACGCACAAGACGACCUCCAUGAUGGACCAGUGUGUGUUUUGUGUGUGUGUGUGUGUGUGUGUCUUUCCAUUGUGACUUUUGUUUUGAGGAAGCUUUGUCUGCAUGAAACAUCGCCACAAGACAAAUAAAGGUCAAAGGAGUUCUCUCAGCCGACGAGUUGAGCAUGAGCGUCUCCAAGGAGGUGGUGGCGUGGCGAGGACAAGACGCAAUCCUUGGAUGCUCCUUCACUCAUCGUGAGCAGGAGCACUACGGCGGCACCAUCGAUGUCCAGUGGCGGGCCAGGCAAUCCAGUGUGAAGCCGUUCUUUGAAUGUUCCUUCAAAAACAUCUCCUCAGUGGCGCCUGGGGAUUGCUCUGCAGCAUGGUUCUCACUGCAUGGUGACCCGCGACAGGGGGUGCUGUCGCUUCUCAUCCGUGGGGUCAAGCUGAUGGAUGAGGGCAUGUACUUCUGCUGCGUAAAGCUGGAUGGGCAGCUGACCCAGAUGAAGGAGCUGAAGUUAAAAGUCUUAGCAAAGCCGGAAAUCCUGAGCUUGUCAUUCGUCAACAACAGCGCCCCUCAGAGGCUGCAGUGUACCAUAGAGGGCAACCCUCUGCCCAACAUCACCUGGCUGUCCGCCUCUAGAGGUCUCCUAGUGCAGCAAGUGCAUACCUCUAAAACAGGUUUGUACCAGCUGACCAGCUGGGUACCCUACGAUGGGGAGGACCGGGUCACAUGCAAGGCGGAGAGUCAAGUAGGUUGGGACGAGCGGGCCCACCCCCCAUCAAACUCUCUGACCAUUGCUCUGAUAGCUGCAAGUGUUGCUGUUUUUCUGCUGCUGGCCAUUGGUGGCGUCGUCCUCCUGCUGAGGCUCAGAGCUCCCAAACAACAAUCUACGAUUCAUGAAAAUACUCCAACAGAAGAGGAUCGUCCACUGCACUGCUCACAUCGUCCAGCUGAGGAUACUGUUGAGCUUCAGCCAGUUUACGCCACUGUUGUACUUCCUGCUUCAAGUGAAGUGGUCACACGCACACCAGACAUUUUGUACUCAACAGUGAGCCUGCAUUAGUCUUCAUCCUGCCAUGACAGCAAUGACAACACCACAAAGUGAGGUCCUUCGAGAAGCCAGUGUGUAAAAUUAAAAGGUUGCUAAUGGAGUUGGCGUUCUAACAUGGUGACAGCACACACACAUGCUUUCAAACCAGUCAAAUCUGCAUCAUAUUUGUAUCAAAGAUUUGAAAUACAUGCAUUUCGUCAUAAGAAUUGACAUACUCUGUUGAAUACAAAUACAGUCAUGUGAUGUUUAUUUUUAACAAUAUAUUCUCAAAUAAGAUACAUUUGACCAAAAAAUAAGUGAUGUUUUAUGUAUUUAUGUUCUUCAGCUUUGUUGGAGCCUCCACCAGCUGACUGGAGGCAAAGGUCAUUGUGAUUACACACACACACACCAAAUAUCUUUACAAAUACUUCCUUCCUUGUUAGCAUCCUACUAGCUAACAAAUAAAAUGACAAACUGAAUGAAGUUGACCCACCACCUCUCUCAAAACUGUGGUCAAAUAGUCAUUUUUAGUGCUUAAAAGUGAAAGACCAUUUACCAAGCUCACGCUUGGGCCGCCUUGUGCAGCAUCAAGUGUACCUAAUGUUGUGGCCAAUCAAUGCAGGUCUGUGCAACUUUAGAUACAAACCAAAAUAGAGGCAAGCUGAAGAAAACCUAAUAAAGUGAAUGCAUUGUGACAAACGUCAUGUAGUUUUAAACUUACCAAUUGCACGUUGUGAAGCACUCUUCUGUGGCUGCAGCGCGUCGCUGUGUGCGACUGGCCAA